AUGUAUUCAUUCAAAACAGCCCUUGUUCUUGGAGCUGUACUGCCCGCAGUACUAGCGCAAUUCAGCGCAAAGAUCAAUCGCAUCCAGAAUGAGAAUACCAUCGCGGGCUCAUGGGUUGCUCGUAUCGAGGAGAAUGAACUCCUCGAGGGUGUUCUCUCUACUGUCCUAGACCUCGCUGGCAUUGAGUUCAAGGAAACCUACUCCGUUGGCGGUGUCAAAGGCUUCACUUUCGACGGUGACGACUCCAUUCUGGAUAUUCUCGAGAAUCUGGGCGCCAUCAAGUCUGUCGAGCCUGACUUCAAGAUGUGGGCUUCCGUCCCCAAAGACUCCACGUGGGGCCUUGGUCGCAUCUCUCAUCGGGAAUCUGGCGUGGAAGAGUACAUAUACGACAGCUCUGCUGGCGAGGACACUUACAUCUAUGUCAUCGACACCGGAAUCAACACUGAACACACCGACUUCGGCGGCCGGGCCACCAUUGGAAAGAGCUUCAUCGCCUCCUCCGACGGCGAAGACGACCAAGGCCACGGCACGCAUUGCUCCGGAACCGCUGCUGGCACCAAGUUUGGCGUAGCCAAGAAGGCGAACCUCAUCGGCGUGAAGGUCCUCGGCGCAGACGGCUCCGGCAGCAACUCUGGAGUCCUCCGCGGCAUUGAAUGGGCUGUUAACGACGCGACCGAGAAGGGCCACAUCAACCGCACCGUCCUUUCCAUGUCACUGGGCGGCCCCUUCUCCCAAACGACCAACGACGCGAUCCAGUCCGCCGUUGAAGCGGGUGCCUUCGUCGCCGUCGCUGCUGGAAAUGAAGGCGAAGACGCAUCCAACUCGUCUCCCGCAUCUGCGCCCCAGGCCUGCACUGUCGGCGCCAUCAACGAUCGCGAUGCCAUGGCCUCCUUCUCCAACUUCGGCGAGCUCGUUGAUAUCUUCGCUCCGGGAGAGGAGAUCACGAGCGCGUGGAUCGGCGGAUCAACCGCCACCAACACUAUCAGUGGCACUUCGAUGGCGUGCCCGCACAUUGCUGGCCUCGCAGCGUACCUCAUUGGACUGGAGGGCCCGCGGUCGCCGGCGGAGCUGUGCGAACGCAUCCAGUCGCUCGCUACGAAAGAUGCCAUCACGAACUCUGUUCGCGGCAGCCCGAACCUCAUUGCGUACAACGGCAACGGCGCUUAGACGAUGCGCUAAUAUUUCUUAUUGUAAUAUGUGGCUGCAAGUCAGUCGUUUGGGAGUAUGAGAAUAUGCACACGGUAAUCUUGUACGACUCUGUAGGGCAUCGCAAUGAUUGCCAUGGCCACGUCGAUAUCGGCAAGGACUCGAUGUGGUAGUGUCUUGUAAUUUGUUCUGUGGCAGUCCGUGGUCAUGAUCAUGCUAUCGUAUCAAUCAUAUAUCACUUUUGGCUCGUCCACCUUUCUUUUCAAACAGGAUCCUAC